UAGUUUGAACAUUUUCUAAAUAUGGGAUAGAAUUCCCUUGCCAUAUAUAGGAUUUCAGUUUUUGAAGGGAAGUUGCGCGGAAGCUUCUCAAUCUCUGGGCCUUCUUCUUCUUCUAUCUCUCUCUCUCUUUAGCUGGCUCGUAUUCUCUCGCACCUCUCCUGUUAUCGUCGUCCUAGAGGCCCGAGAAAUUUCUUGAGAGGAUCUCGGCAGCGAGUUCAGAGCUGUAGGGAUAGAGUUUUCAACUCUUUAGAACUGAGGACGAAGAGAGAAGGCAUACAGUUGCAGCUGCAAGCGAUCCAUCGAGCUUGGGAAGUGGAGUCGAUCGAGGUCCUAUUCGCUGUCGCUUGGAUUGAAUAGAGGUUGGCUUGUGUAGAAGAUUAGAGGGGUCGGUGUCAUCUCUCCUGCGACGGGGUAGAAUGGACAUGGCAUCGCCGAACAGGUACGUCCGGCAUAGAGACGAGGAGAUUGGGAAUGGCGGGGAGGGGCAGAAUAGCGACGAGAUCUGCGUCUCUGAUGAUGCAUUUGACAUUCCGUCCAAGAAUGCACCUAUCGAGCGGCUGCGAAGAUGGAGGCAAGCGGCCCUUGUGCUCAAUGCCUCUCGUCGCUUUAGAUAUACCUUGGAUCUAAAAAAGGAGGAAGAGAAAGAGCAGAUUAGGAGGAAGAUUCGAGCACAUGCUCAAGUCAUACGGGCAGCUUUUCUAUUCAAAGAAGCGGCUGAAAGCAAGGCACCAGGCAUACCUGGUACAGUACCAGCGCUACCUGGUGGUGGUUAUGGGAUUGGGGUUGAGCAGCUCACUGCAAUGACCAGAGAUCAUGAUUUGUCUGCACUGCAACAGUAUGGAGGGGUAAAAGGCUUGUCAAGUCUGUUGAAGACUAAUUUAGAAAAAGGAAUUGUUGGAGAUGAUGAUGCAGAAUUAUUGCGCAGGAGAAAUGCAUUUGGGGCCAAUACAUAUCCUCAAAAGAAAGGAAGAAGCUUCUUUGUAUUCCUUUGGGAAGCUUGUCAAGAUCUAACUCUUAUAAUCCUUAUAAUAGCUUCGGUUAUAUCCUUAGUUUUGGGCAUAAAAACAGAGGGUCUCAAAGAAGGAUGGUACGAUGGUGGAAGCAUUGCCUUUGCUGUUAUACUUGUUAUUCUGGUUACAGCGAUUAGCGAUUAUAAACAAUCUCUUCAAUUCCAAAGCCUCAAUGAAGAGAAACGGAACAUACAUUUGGAGGUCAUUAGAGGUGGCAGAAGGGUUGAAAUUUCAAUAUUUGAUAUUGUUGUUGGUGAUUUAGUUCCACUGAAGAUUGGCGACCAGGUUCCUGCUGAUGGAAUUUUAAUUUCGGGGCAUUCUCUUGCGGUUGAUGAAUCAAGCCUGACAGGAGAAAGUAAAAUUGCGCAUAAGGAUCUCAAAACACCAUUUUUGAUGUCUGGAUGCAAAGUUGCUGAUGGUUAUGGGAUUAUGCUUGUGACUGCUGUGGGUAUUAAUACUGAAUGGGGAUUAUUGAUGGCAAGUAUAUCGGAAGACAGUGGUGAAGAAACUCCAUUGCAGGUGCGCUUGAAUGGUGUUGCUACUUUAAUUGGCAUAGUAGGUCUCUCUAUUGCAGCGUUGGUUCUUGUUGUCCUUAUAGUCAGAUUCUUCACUGGUCAUACAAAGAAUCCUAAUGGAAGCGUUCAAUUUGUCAAGGGGCACACAAGUGUGAAAGAUGCUAUAAAUGGAGCUGUUAAGAUUUUGACUGUUGCGGUGACUAUUGUUGUCGUUGCUGUACCUGAAGGUCUUCCAUUGGCUGUUACAUUGACUCUUGCCUACUCAAUGAGGAAGAUGAUGGCAGACAAGGCAUUGGUUCGGAGGCUAUCAGCUUGUGAAACAAUGGGAUCUGCCACUACCAUCUGCAGUGAUAAAACUGGAACUCUAACAUUGAAUCAGAUGACGGUUGUGGAAGCUUAUGUGGGUGGGAUAAAGCUAACUUCUCCGGAUGAUGGUCAAGAGUUACCCUCAUCAGUAUACUCUUUAUUGUAUGAAAGCAUUGCUCAGAAUACAACUGGCAAUGUGUAUGAGCCAGAGGAUGGUGGCCUUGUCGAAGUUACUGGCUCCCCUACUGAAAAGGCAAUACUUUCUUGGGCUGUUAAGCUGGGAAUGAAGUUUGAUGACACUAGGUCUAAAACAUCAAUUCUAAAUGUUGUACCUUUCAACUCAGAGAAGAAGCGUGGAGGUGUUGCUGUACAUGUGGCAGGCUCGGAAGUCCAUGUGCAUUGGAAGGGAGCAGCUGAAAUUGUCCUAGCUUCAUGCACAAGCUGGUUGGAUUCAAAUGGUGUGCCACAGGAAAUGACCCCAAAUCAGAUGGAUGCUUUUAAAAAGUCUAUUGAAGAUAUGGCGGAAGCUAGCCUUCGUUGUGUUGCUAUAGCAUAUAGGUUGUAUGAAAUGGAAUACGUACCCAAAGAAGAAGAGAGGGAUAGUUGGGCAUUACCUGAAAGUGAUUUGAUUCUGCUUGGUAUUGUAGGGAUAAAGGAUCCUUGUAGACCUGGAGUUAGAGAUGCUGUGGCUCUAUGCACUGAUGCUGGUGUCAAGGUCCGCAUGGUCACUGGAGAUAAUAUUCAGACAGCCAAAGCCAUUGCUUUUGAAUGCGGAAUCCUUCAUUCAGAUCAGGAAGCAACAGAGCCAACUAUAAUAGAAGGAAAAGUUUUCCGUGCUUAUUCUGAGAAAACAAGAGAAGAAAUUGCUGAAAAGAUAUCCGUAAUGGGAAGAUCUUCUCCCAACGACAAGCUAUUACUUGUCCAAGCACUGAGGAAAAAGGGUCAUGUGGUUGCCGUCACUGGAGAUGGCACUAAUGAUGCUCCUGCGUUGCAUGAGGCAGAUAUUGGACUUGCAAUGGGAAUUCAGGGCACUGAGGUUGCAAAAGAAAGCUCAGACAUUAUUAUUCUUGAUGAUAAUUUUGCAUCGGUUGUAAAGGUUGUUCGAUGGGGUCGAUCAGUUUAUGCAAAUAUUCAGAAAUUUAUCCAGUUCCAACUCACCGUAAAUGUUGCAGCGCUUGUGAUUAAUGUGGUUUCAGCUGUUUCAUCGGGUGAAGUUCCUCUGAAUGCUGUUGAGCUUUUGUGGGUUAACCUGAUCAUGGAUACACUUGGUGCACUUGCAUUAGCCACUGAACCACCAACAGACCACCUUAUGAAGAGACGCCCAGUUGGUCGGAGGGAUCCCCUUGUUACUAAUAUCAUGUGGAGAAACCUCAUUGUACAGGCUCUUUACCAAGUGACGAUACUCGUAAUCCUUAAUUUUGGUGGAAAAAGUCUUCUUCAUUUGAACAAUGAGACACGACAGCAUGCUGAUAAAGUAAAAAAUACCUUCAUCUUUAACACAUUCGUCUUUUGUCAGCUAUUCAAUGAGUUCAAUGCUCGGAAACCUGAUGAGAUGAAUGUCUUCAAGGGAGUUACAAAGAACCACCUUUUCAUGGGAAUAGUAGGGAUAACGCUAGUGCUUCAGAUUUUAAUCAUUGAAUUUCUGGGGAAGUUCUUUUCAACUGUUAGACUCAACUGGCAGCUGUGGUUGGUUUCCAUUGGAAUUGCAUUGUUGAGUUGGCCACUUGCUGUUGCUGGAAAGCUCAUUCCAGUUCCUAAAACCCCUCUUGGGGAGUAUUGCCGGCGAUGUCUUAGGAAACCAAGAAUAGAACGCCAAGGUGAUGGAUCUCGUCGGUCGUCGAGGUCUUAGUAGUAGAAAUCUAACUUGGUUUUAAUGCGUCAAAACUAAGUAUUUUACUAAUCUACGGAGCCUUGUUCCUGUAAUUACAAAAUGUGCUGACGUCUUAUUUUGUUUCAGCUAUCUAGAUUUCAUGAAUAUAUAUAUUUUGUAUAUUCCGCUUGUCAAGCUUGAUGAUCUAUAUUUCAAUUUCUAGGAUAUUAUUUUUUCUAAUAUCUACUAACCUGCUAAACUGUUGGCAAAUAUGUUUGGCCAUAUACUAUACAUGUUGCUUAUUAUUAUUUUAUUUUAAUAACUUG